CGCAGAGACUUAUUCUUCGCACCGCAUUUCCCCUACAUUGGGCAACAAGGCUUGCUUCAAAUCAAUGUUCCUCUCAUUAUAAUAUCGCCGAGUUUCCAUCAAAGGUGUAUCCCAGGCCGGUGGCUAUCACCGACGCACCAGGAUGCCCAAAGUAAUCAGUCAUACGCCACCUUGGCUUUGUCGCCCGUCGCCAGGCGCUUCGUUCUUUACUGGAAACCCAUCAGCAAGUGUCGAUAAAAAAGCUCAAAAUCCCGACGCCUACGAUGGUCCCCAGAGAACCUUGGCUCAGCGAGGCACAGAGGUGUUCGCUGUGGUCGACAACCAAAUCAGGUGGUCCGAUCUAGCGACGUUAAAAGGAGAAUGGAAUUCUCAGUCGAAAUUGAAAAAGAAGGUCUCGGAAGUCGAUAAAGGAGCGAGUAGCAAAAAGGAGCUCUACAGGGUUUUGACCGUUCCUGUUUACGGUGAAAUUAGACAAUUAUUGAUAUCCCCGAAUGGAGUCUUCAUGGCAGUCGUAACUGCUCAUACUGUCCAUAUUACGAUACUACCAGAUUCGUCGCAUCUUUCAAGCUCUGAGACCGCGCCACUUCGCCUAAAGACUUAUCAACUUGGCCCUACAACGCAUGUUAUUCCGGAGUCCCCCGUUAUCUCAGCAUUGUGGCAUCCGCUAGGUGCUCACACCAAUGUCGAAGCUUGUAUAGUAACCGUCACGGCAGAUGCUGCAGUUCGAGUAUGGGAGUUGGACCGCAACAAUCUCUGGUCAUUUGACAGGCCUUCUUUGGCUAUUGAUUUGAAGAAGCUUGUUGACGGAAAUUCAUCGGACGAAGACUUUACGCCUCUUGGCUUCGGCAAGAACAAGGGAUUCUCUGCGGACGCUUUUGACAUGGAAGUUGCGUCUGCGUCCUUUGGUGGCACUGCUCAGGAGGGGGAAGAUGCAUGGGCGCCAAUGACACUCUGGGUUGCAAUGAGACCUGGAGACUUAUACGCUCUUUGUCCCUUGCUUCCUUCCAAAUGGAGAGCACCACCUGCUACAAUACCGGCGCUCUCCGCAGCAAUCAUCCCAAAGCUUGCUGCUGUAGAAGAUCAUUACUCUGGAACAGAAGUCGUUGAAGACGAGCUAGUUGCGUGUCGACAGCAAUACGAAUGGCUGAAAGAAAUCGAUGAUCAGGAUUCAUUGGAUGCUCCCGAAGCAGACAGAGUUUCAGAAAUGGAGGUUUUUAAGCGCCCUAUGAACCCCAGCGCAAUUCCUCGCCUGCAAGGGCCAUUUCAAUUUGAUGCUGGUGAACAGAUUGAUGAUCUCAAUGUGACCGAUCUGUUCGUGAUUCCUGCGAAGCUCAACACCGAAAUUUUGAUGAUGGGUGAGGAUGACGAGGGCGUGCUGGAGGAAAACGAGCAAGAAGGUCUAUCUGCAACAAUUAUAUGCUUGUCAACUACAAGCGGCCGGGUGCACAUUUGCUUGGAACUAGAUGGCGUGGAGGGUCAAUGGCUUCCAAAAGCUAGAUCCAAUACAUUCAGAACGCCUCUUUCAGAACCGGCAGAUCUAGUGCUUGUUGAGUCUUUGGAUACUGUAAGAGAACAACUGCGUGAAUCAAAUUGCUGGCCAACCUUUACGCGGGAUAUCUACUCUCGAUACAGCUUUUUCCUCACAACUGCCAACAAUGUGUCCUUUAUCUCACUUUCCUCAUGGGCCCAGCGAUUAGAAGCUGAACUGCAAUCUCAAGAUACUUCGGGAUCACAGUUUCGCCUAAAUGUCAUUUGUGACGGGGCAAUUGCUGUUCGUGAGCUGCUUAUUCAACUUAACGAGAAUGACUCUUCGUUAUCUGAACAGCCAGCCCACUUUUCGAACUCUUUGGUAAUUUCGGAUUACGAUCUUGGAUACCUUCUUCUUACGUAUAGAGGAUUCUCCCCUCAAGCUGCGGUUCUCGAUGAACCCUACAAUAAGGCUUACCAGUCAUUUUCGGAAUCAAUCAUUUCCAAUCUUAAUACCCCCACUCCGCCUCUUCCGCUCCUUUCUAAACCUCGACGUGCGCCGUACCAGGUGCCGGCAAUAUUUUACGCUGAGGAGCCUCUUAAAUCAUUUGUUGAAGACAACGUACCUCACAGACACAAGGGCACUUUACGAGAGCCUAUCCGUCUUUCACCUUCAACCCUUGACACUGUUGCAGCCGCACACCGAGUACUUGCUGCACAUACCGGGUUGCUUGAAAAGGCAGCUGCAGACCUCUUCCGUCGCUGUGAGCGCCUCCGAGGAGAGAUGAGGGACCAACUAGAGGGAAUCGCUACUGUGGCUGAGCGAAUCCAGAAUGUCUCCAGCCACAUUGGAGAGGAUGGUCAACGACAAAAGGGGUCCAGAAACGAGGAAGCCCUAGACAAAAGGCUAGCCGCCGCGAAGAAGAGACAAGACGAGCUUCUGUCACGCUACUCGCGCAUUCGCACUAAGAUCUCAAAUCUUGGAGGUCGCCCUCUCAGCGACAAAGAAAAGAAUUGGAUAGGGGAGAUUGAUAACUUGUCUACUUCCCUCUCAAAGACCGGUGAUGACGAGCACGGUGAAACAUUGGGCAAACGGCUGGAAACAGCCAAAUCACUUGCUGAGGAUCUCUUAGCAGAGGUGAAGCGCAUAUCAGCAGAACAACAAGUUACUGCUGAGACGGGUGGUGGCUUCACUAGUCCAAGCUCGCAACCAAAAAUCCCACAAAGGCUACAACGAGCAAAAGUGGCGGAUGCAAUGAAGAUGAUAGACAGAGAAUCUGCAGUCAUAGAUGCUAUUACAGCGAGGCUAGAGCGCCUAAAUUCAGGCUUAUCGUAGGAUUUUUUUUGUCUUAGUACUAGAAAUUGGGCGAGGCUGUCUUGCUUUAUCUUCAUUAAUGCCAAAAUAAUGAUAUCAUGUGCCAAAUUCUAGA